UGUAUUCUCGCGGUGUCUUACGCUGGCGACGUCACGUUUUCAGCUAAAAGAUACAAGUACAUAUUUUUACACUACAUUCACAGCUUCAGCGUUGAUGCAAUGCGUGCUCCUGUGCGUUGGGUGCUGUGGGAUGUGAAAGACACCCUGCUGAAGGUGCGUUCUUCAGUGGGAGAACAGUAUUGUGAUGAGGCCAAACGAAUGGGCCUAAGCCUCAGUCCUGUGGAGGUAGAUGCUGCUUUCCGUCAGGCGUAUAGACAUCACUCCAGCACAUUCCCAAACUACGGCAUUGCUCAGGGACUGGACGGACAGUCUUGGUGGAAAGCGGUGGUGAAGGCCACCUUCUCUCAGUGCAAGGUGUGUGACCCGGCCCUGCUAAAUACAAUGGCCCUCAAUCUCUACCAGAACUUCAGCAAUGCAGAGAACUGGGAGAUUAUUCAUGUUUUAUUUGAGGUUUUUCCAGACACAAAGGCGGCUCUGGAGAGCUGUUCUUCACUAGGACUGCAUCUGGGAGUCGUUUCAAACUUUGACAACCGCCUUGAAGCCAUUUUACGCGGUUGUGGGCUGCUUUUUCACUUCAGCUUUCUGGUGACAUCAGAGGGGGCAGGUGUCGAGAAGCCCAAUGCCGCCAUCUUUGAUCAGGCGCUGCUGAAAUGCGGCGUGCCAGCUGCCAGCGUAGCUCACGUCGGGGACCACUACGUGAACGAUUACCUCACGUCACGCUCGGUCGGAAUCCACGGCUUCCUUUUAGACCGAAAAAGCCACUUUGACCGACAUGAUAUCCCUAAAGAGCAUCGUCUGUCAUCACUGGAUGAGCUGCCUGCAAGACUUAAACGGCACAUAGACGAAUGCUAACAUUUGUAAGUAUAAUUGUCAUGCAG